AUGGCAGAAACAAAGUCUGCAGUGCGCCAGCGCCUUACCAGUACUUCUGGUGAAUCAGAGAGUUCAGAAUCCUCUUCUGACUCAACUAUAACUUUACCACCUGCCCCUGACGGAGGGUAUGGAUGGGUAAUUGUUUUAGCCUCCUUCUUGAUAAGUUUAAUCUGUGAUGGGUGUGCAUUUUCAUUCGGUGUUCUUUAUACUGAGCUCCUUGAUUAUUUUGGAGACAGCAAGAGUAAGACAGCAUGGGUUGGUUCAUUGUUCAUGAGUAUCCCAAUGAUACUGGGACCAUUAGGAAGUGCUCUGAGUUCAAAGUAUGGCUGCCGAGCUGUUACAAUUGCUGGAGGGCUUGUGUCUGCUACAGGAUUUGUUCUGAGCUCAUUCGCUACAUCCAUAAACAUGUUGUGUGUGACUUUUGGAUUGAUUGCUGGAUCAGGUAUGUCUGUUUGUUAUGUGACAUCCAUGAUAAUGGUUGCAUAUUAUUUUAAAAAGAAAAGAGCGUUAACAACAGGUUUGGCUGUAUGUGGUUCAGGUAUUGGUACAUUCAUAUUUGCUCCUUUAACAGAAUAUUUAAUACAAGAGUAUGGUUGGAGAGGAACAUUGUUAAUAUUAGGUGGUAUUGUUUUAAAUCUCAGUAUUUCUGGGGCAUUAUUUAGACCUCUUGAAUUUUCCCCAGAACAAAAACUACAACGUGCAAUUGAAGCCUUUGACAAAAUGUCUCGUACUAUUUCUAAGCAGAGUAUACCAUCACGUGGUCGAAGUAGGGUAGACAGUGGAAGUGAGGAUUCUGUUGCGUCACAUAAAGCUGAACGUAGAGAUGAAGAGUUUGAAUUGGAAGUCCUAAGUCAUUCUCAGAUUCAUCUACCAACUUACCUUAACAAACAAACAGCAGAUAUUCCAGUCGAACUUAUUAAUGAGAUAAGAAAGAAUGGAUCUAAUUUAGAGCAGACAUUACACAGAUAUUUUCGUAGUUUAAGUCAGCCUGAUUCUGAGGGAGUAGAUCACAAGGAGAAAGAAUCUAAAGUUAUGACUAUUACUACUAAUGAUGAGAUAGAACUGAAACCAGCAAGCAUUCAUCGUGUGUCUUCUUAUCUACCCUUGUUAAGAAAUGAUCUGUAUUAUCGUGGAAAUUUAAUGAAUAUUCAAGGUAAUCAAAUGAAAUCCAGUAGUUGUCCAGAACUAUAUAAGUAUUCUGAAGAUGAUGAAGAUGAUGAUGACAAUGAUAUAUUCCAAAAAUAUCCUGUUUUAAAGAUCUUUAAAAUAUCCAAACCUUUGAAGAGGUUUUUUGCAAAUAUGUUUGAUCUGGGGAUCCUAAGCAACAAAUUAUUCCUGUUGUUUGCCUUCUCUAACUUCCUGUUAUAUUUAUGGUAUGAUGUUCCGUAUGUUUUUCUGGCAGAUAAUGCUAUAGAACUUGGUAUAUCAGAAGAGAGAGCUUCAUUCCUGUUGUCUAUAAUUGGUAUAGUGAAUACAAUUGGUCAGAUAUUAUAUGGUGCUUUUGGUGAUAGAUGUGGAAAUCUCAGUCUACUGUAUGGAUUGUCCUGUGUGUUUGCUGGCUUAACAAUGGUAUUUGUGCCUUUCACUGGGUCCUAUGCUGUCCUGGGAACACUAGGAGCUGGAUUUGGGUUCUUUAUAAGUGCCAAUUACACCUUACAAACCAUCAUGUUAGUUCAAUAUUUAAGUUUAGAGAAGUUAGCCAAUGCCUAUGGUUUGAUGUUAUUAACACAAGGAAUAGCCAAUCUGGUUGGACCACCAAUUGCAGGUGCUCUGUAUGAUGUAACUGGUAGUUAUGAUAUCACAUUUUAUGCGGCUGGUGUUUUUAUAAUUAUAGCUGGUUUGAUGUUAUUUAUCCAGCCCUUAUAUACCUGUUUAUUCUCCUGUAAUGUCAAACAUCUAUACACAAAUAAACAACUGCAGGAUCCAACGUUGGAGGACCUUAAAGAUAUUCAAAUAAAUAUAGAUCCUGCUCCACUUAUUGUUAUGGAAAUGGAAACUGUCAUUUAA